AUGGCACCAGCCGUCCCUACCUCGGCGCUCUUCGCAGCCCCGCCGGGACAUCUCACGCUGAUCAUGGCGUCGCGGCGGACCGCCUCUUUCCAUCUCCCUUCUGACCCUCGCUUCAGCUUCUACCUCUACGUACCGCGCGCGCACCCCGUCACCCGACGCUCGCGCGGCGAAGACGUAGGCCGGGACGGGACGGUCGUGGGGCCUCCAGUGCCGAUCAGCACGUCGCCCACGAAUCUCGCGGCUGCUGCCCAGCCGCCCGCCAGGGGUUUCCCUCUCCUGGUGGUCAUGCACGACUCGUCCCGUGACGCAGAGAAAUUGCGCGAUGCCUGGGCCGCUCUUGCUGAGGAAGAGGGUGUGGUCGUUCUCUCCCCGCACUUCCCCUGUGAUAUUAAGUUCCCAGACGGACCAGACAACUACAAGCGUCUCGUAUGGGAAACUAGCGCCGGUGAGGAGGUGCGUUACGACGCCGUACUCCUCGACAUGAUCGACUGCGUCGCCGCCGAGUGGGGAUGUAUCGACACUCGCACGUUCUCUCUCGUUGGUUUUAGCGGCGGGGGACAGUUCGUCCAUCGCUUCCUUUACCUAUAUCCGGAGCGAGUACAUGCCGUAUCCAUCGGUGCUCCGGGGCGCGCUACACCGCUCAUCGACGCGGACUGGCCCGAAGGGAUCCGCGAUGCCCCGACAACCGUCUCGCGCCAGGUUGGUGUACCACUUCCCAAUGCGCCUGAGAGCGACGAGCCAGCCAUCCCGGGCGGGAGGCCGAUCAGCGUUUCAGCCCUCGCGGAGCGGACGCGCUGUGGUGCAGUGGCUGUCCAGCUCCUCAUUGGAAGUGAGGAUACGUGGCGCCCAGUCCAGCCUGAUGGGAGUUUGGCCGCGCACUCGCGCUUCGACGCAACGCAGGCCGUCGCGAAGAGCUUUGACGACGCCGGUAUCGCGUAUGAAUUUACGGUCGUGCCGGGCGUCAAGCAUGAGGGUCAUAGGAUCCGCGAGGUGGCCAUGCCUUGGGUUCGGCGGCAUGUUCGACCGGCUUGGAACACGCACAGAUGA